AUGAGCUCAACUAGGAUAUUCGUUUUUAUUGUAGUUUUUAUAAGCAGUGCAAUAUCUAAACCACCCAUAGUAUGUGAUAUAGAUGACCACAGAUGCCUAACAGAAGGUGCCGAAAGAUCAUUCGAAGAGUUUAUCAGAGGUAUACCUGGUGGUGUACCGGUAGAUCCUUUACGUCUGGAAUAUUUUGAAACAGAUCUUCCAACUAUAUCAUAUAAAUUAAUAGGAGCCUCACUCACUGGUAUGAGUGAUUGCAAGGUGGAAUUAGUAAAAAUAUAUAGCAAAGAAAAUAAGUACAAAUAUCACGUUUCCUGUCCACAUCUUAUUUUAAAAUCAAAAUGUGAAUUAAAAGGAAAUAUAGGUCCUCAAUACGCCGAGGGCAAAGGCUCAACGUGCAGAGUUGACCAUUAUGACUACAAUUUUUAUUUCAAUGGUGACACUUACAGAAAAGUUAGGCCUGACAAUAAAAUUCACUUUGAACUGUUAACUAGUAAUCUGGAAAUUGAAGCUAAAGGGAGAGUAGUUUACGAAAUUAAGAACUUAUUCAAUGGAAAUAAAGAGAAAACUGCCGCUGUACAGGACUUUUUGAACGAACACUGGCAGUUUGCGGAUAAACUAUUGCGUACAACAGCGAUGGAAGCUUUCAUGAAGAAGUAUAUCAAACAUGUCAACAGUUACCUUAGUAAAGUACCCAUAGAUGAUAUAUUUUAUCAAGAUUAG